GGACUUUGACUCCUGCUGAAGCAAAGAGGUGAUGGGGUCGUCUGGGUUCCUCUUUACUUUCCCUUCCCCGGGCCGGGGACCCUUCCUGUGCCCGGAGGCACCUACCUCUGGGUUCUCCUUUCAGUGGGGUAAGGGAACAGAAUAUUGGAGUAUGUGGGACCCCAAUGCAGGACAGCCAGGGAUGUACCCUCCUGGGGCUCCUAUGCCCCCUUCAACUUCUGGGUGCCCUGGGGUUACCAACCCCAUUCACCCACCAUCAACCAAUCCUGCAUACCCUCCAGGUACCUUUCCUACUCCGCCUGGCUGUUUCCCAGGGAAUCCAGUUUAUCCUCCUGGUAAUGCUUUUGGUCCUGGGCAGCAGCCAGGGUACCCGGGCUGCCCACCCCCAGGUCCCUACCCACCUCCUUGCCCUGGUAUGCCUUCUGUGAAUCCCUUGGCCCCAGGGGUAGUGGCGCCAGGUAUAGUGAUGGAUAAGAAGAUGAGGAAGAAGAUGAAGAAGGCUCAUAAGAAAAUGCAUAAACAUCACAAACAUGGCAAGCAUUCUUCCUCCUCCUCCUCUUCCAGCAGUGACUCUGACUGAAUCCUGGGCCCUCCUCCCCCCAAGUCACACCACCCCAGCUCUCUCAUCAAGCUUUGGACGCCAUAUUGUGCUGGGGGAAGAUAGCCCUGCAGUCCCAACCUCAGCCCAAUCCCAUUCACCCUUUGCUCCAAUUGGGUGGUGAAGUGAGGAAAGGAUCCCUAUUGGCCUGAGGAAGUCAAUUUUCUUACCUACUAGAUUGAAUCAUUGAGGGACAAUGUUUUCUGAAGAUGUAUGUUCUUUGAGCCAAAUGCUGAAGACCAUUUUGGUAUCUUGAAAAUGUGAUUUUUAAAAAUUUCCUUUGUAAUUUGUGUGGGAGAAGGGGGAAAAGGGGUAUGUGUCAUUACCAUGGAAGUUGGUCUGGAUAUGGUAGUCUUAAUGGAAUGUGGGAACUACAUUUCCCAGCAGACUGUGCAGUCUACUCAGCCCACUGCCUUCUGGGAAAGAGAGUUCCUUUGAAUACGAUAGUGUGGGUGCCAUUUUGGAAACUCAUUUCUUGGUGAGCUCUUUUCAUCCCAAUCAUUCUCUGGUCUCACUCUGUUUCUCUCUCUCACUGUGCUUCCCAAUAAAGCUGUUUAUCCCA